AAUUGAGGAGCAUACAGAGUGGGAGGAGGCACGGGGACUGAUGAGACGGACACGCGGUGACCGUCGAAGAGGAUCGCAGCCAUCCAAAUCAUGGCCGUUAUGGUGGUUAAUGUGAUGAUUAUGGUGGCGACGAUUGUUAUUCUGGUGAAAGUUCCGAUUUGCAGAAUAGGCAAACGCCGGAUCCGGAUCCGGCCGGCCAAAUCUCGACCUCCGAGUGGAAAACAGCUCCGAAGCGCUCGUCAUGCACCUCCAAGACCUCAAAAAAAAUACCUGGAUCCGAUUCUGCGCAAUAUUUCCUAAUUAUAUACUUCAAAAAAAAAAAAUUAUUUCAAAAUAAUAUCAUUUUAAUAAAUUUCUAUUAAAAAU